AUGGUGACGUUCCUCCCCGGACCGAUGACCGUUCAGAAGUUGAGUUGUGUUGAUGAUAAAAUGUUCGACGAGGGCUUGAUCGAUCUCUAUUCGCAGCUGCUCAGCUCCAUAGUGAGGACAGUGUUCCCGAGUUGGCUCGUAUUUAAAGAAGAAAUAGUCCACCUUUACACUGUCGAAGAAAGUUUUGCUCUCAGUCAUGAAAUAUUAAGUUUGCUAUGUGGCUUCCUAAAAAACGAGAGUGAGAAAGAAAUAUUGCGAGCUAUAGCGUUUGUGUUAGUCAAAUACGUGAAGAGCGAUGCGGUUUUAACAGCUAUUUUAGAGUGUAGCAGCAUAGAAAUAAAAGAGAACACACAGAAAUACCAACAACAGAGCGAAUGGGAGAACUAUGUGCAAUUAUUGGCAACACUGCCCGAGAGGGUUGCCAAUAGAUUAGAAACAGAAACUCCCAAGGAACUCUCACACGAGAGUUUCUCUUACAAACUAGUAUUUCACGUAUUACGUGCGAUAGACUAUAUGAGCGAAAGCAGCUAUCAUGCAUUGAUCCAAUAUGAUUUGUAUUAUAUAUCUCAUUUACUGUCGAAAGUGUUAAUAAACUACAACAUGGGUGGUAGUUCUGACGCCAUUUUGAAAUUAGUCGACGUUCUGAUCGGUUGGUGUGCAUACGAUAACUCUGCCAGUAUGUUUGUGCGAAGGAAACUGAUACAAACUAUGCUUAACCAUCUGAAUCGUCAAGCUGUCGAUUGUUUGUCUUUGAUGCUACUCAACCGAUGUCCCAUAGAUUAUAGAAGUAGAGAACAAGCCAUUUAUAAAACUUUAGGUGAUAAUUUGAAUACGAGUAGAGACUGGAACGAAAUAUUAACGCACAGGGUCCCUUUUUACAUGAUACCGAGAGAUUACAGACUCACUAACAUACAAGAAAAUUUAGUAUAUUAUGUAGCGAUGUCAGAAAAGGCGCCGGAUGUGUUAGCGGAUUUAAUUCUGAGACUUGCCGCUGUUUGGUCUGAUGUAAAAAUGUGUAACGUCUCGAAUAUUCCACAACACAUGUAUAUAUCUCAGUUACUGGUGCUAGCGGUCAAAUACCGCGUUGUCAUGGUUCUAAAGAAGAUCCAGGAUUGGAAUCUGUUCGAUAUAAAAAAUAUACUAUUCAAGGGUAUGACGAGACAUUUGAACGUGAUAACGCAAGAAUUCAGAUGCAUAGGAAUGGCGACUGUCGAGAUAAUACUGAAGACGUUAGCUCAAAUCGAAAAUUCCGAUAAAGAAACUUUGUCAUCUUUGAACUUUGAAUACAACGACAUGCCAGAAAAUUGCAAAGAGAUCAAUAAUAUUUUGAACGAAAUCGUGACUAAAUGUCUCAUAGACGACACUAGAAGAAUUCAUCGCAAUUACAAAGCGAACACAGUUGAUUUUAAAGGAGUUUUAGAUUUGAUAGCGAAUAAAGUUAUCGAUCAUGAAGAGUUUACGGCGCCCGUUCAAAAUACGAUCGUCACUUGCGCUGUGAAAACACCUCAAACUACUAAAGAGAUAGUUAAAACUAUCAUAUCUGUCAAAUUAGACGAUUGGGACAGAAAAGAGAAGCAGCAGGCCGAGGAGUUGGAUUCUGAUGACGACCUGCAGCCGUACGAUAUGAGCAACGAUGUCUCCGUGUCUGCUAAAGUUAGACCGAACUAUUUGAGAGAUCUAUUAGAAAUGUUAGUGGAAGCUAAAGAUGCGGAAACAUUCGAGGCUUGUUUAGAAGUAGCCGAAGAGUUAGUCGAUAAACAACUAAAAACUGAAGACAGGAAACUGACAGAAGACUUGUUGAGUUUGUUCGUUCAUCUAGAUGGAAAAUACCACGUCGACGAUUUCGAACAUAUCAAAUUCAAUACUGUGGUCGCCAUGGUGUGCUGCCAGCCGAGAAUAUGCGCGGAGUACUUGUGCAGAGAGUUUCACACGGACGUCGGAAGAUAUUCUAUAGCUACCAAGAUUUUUAUGCUCGACGUUCUCGCCGAAGCGGUGAACCGUAUCGCGGACUUGAAACCUCACGUCGAGGACAAACUCAAGGAAGACAUACAGGUCCGACGAGCCGAGCGACCAGAGGAAGUGCCCGCCGAGGAAAUAAUAAGGCGCAGAUUGAUAAACAAAACCAGAUACUUCCAUUCCAUAAGACCUCACCCGUUCGCUAAUGCGAAACGAAAUCUCUUCGCUGCCGUUUCUGAUUAUUUUUUCUAUCCUCUAGUCUCUGGAUUCGGUUGUAAACAACUGACUCUGAGCCACCAUAACCUAAAACAAGACGUCGACAGCAUUCUGAUGUUAAAGUACUUGACCGUCGUCGGCAAUGUGAUAUUAGCUUCGAAAAACUGCCCGAAAUGUUCGAGCUACUGUUGGGAGAUUUUACAAAUACUCUCUUAUAUGAGAUACACCCCGGACCCUAAAAUAAAGAUGGCAGUUAUAUCUCUGCUGGCGUCCGUCGUGGUGGCGUUGCCGGCCUUUCUAUUGAGGACGGAAUUUUUAAAUGUCAUGUUGGAAUUCAGGACUUGGUUGACCGAAUGCGUCUGCGACGUCGAUCUCGCGAUGAAAUUCGGAGGACCGAAGUCUGAGGCGGGCAUGUUCGCCGCCCAAGUGUUGUACCUUAUAGAGAAUACCUUAACGCAGAAUAAUUGA